AUGGGCACAGUCCCCAUCUAUUAUGCAGCUCAGUACCCACAAUUCAGCACUGGUCGGGUCUCAUUGGGUCUCGCUGCAAUUCUGCCCAUUGCAGAGGCCACCAUCAUGAACAUGGAUUGCACUGUGGUGGAUCUGGAGAUGGCGCUGUAUGAAAACAGAGCUCAGAAAGACGAGAUGGAUCAGAUUGACAAAUAUAUCAAGUCUUCAAAAGAUAAAGAAAAUGCAAAACCACUGGACAAGCCAGAACAGUUUCUGCUGCAGUUGUCAGAGGUUCCUCAGUUCUUGGAGCGGGUUUUCUGCAUUCUUUUCCAGUCCACCUUCACAGAGUGUGUUACAUCAGUUCAGUGCAAGCUUGAAACACUGCUGAGAGUCUGUAUGGCUUUACAAUCAAGUCAAGCCACCCUGCAGGUUUUAGGUUUGAUUCUAGCAUUUGGGAACAUUAUGAACGGGGGCAACCGGAGCCGAGGACAGGCAGAUGGAUUUACCCUUGACAUCCUGCCCAAGUUAAAAGAUGUCAAGAGCAGUGACAAUUCUCAGAGCCUCCUGUCCUACAUAGUUGCUUACUAUCUGCAACACUUUGAUGAGGAUGCAGGUAAAGAAACAUGCGUGUACCCACUUCCAGAGCCUCAGGAUCUGUUUCUGGCUUCAGAGAUGAAGUUUGAGGAUUUUCAACGUGACCUCCGCAAGCAACGGAAAGAUCUAAAUGCCUGUUCAGCAGAAACAGAAAAGGUGUGUAAUGUCUCGUCUGAGGAGCACCUGCAGCCCUUUAAGGACAAAAUGGAAGAAUUUCUCACUAGAGCCAAAGCAGAGCUGGAGCUCCAGGAAAAACAGCUCGCUGACAUGCAGAGCAUUUUUCUGGAGCUGAGCAUGUUUUUCUCGGUCAAGCCUAAGGCGGGAGAGAAGGAGGUUUCACCAAACACAUUCUUCACAGUGUGGCAUGAGUUUUCGUCAAAUUUUAAGGAGCUGUGGAAGAGAGAGAAUAGAUGCCUACUGCAGGAGCGCUGCAGAAGAGACUUUCAGACAAGCUCGAGAGAAGGCUACCUACAGCGUAAAACCAAAACAUGCAUCAGGGAUAAAAGCCAAGCUGGGACAGAAGACGUGAAUUUCUGCUGUACCGAAUCUAACAAAACUCCUUUGAAAAAAACAGCGUCUCCUUGA